CCUGAGCUACUUGGAUCCCGUUGCGCAUGCUCACCGCUCUCUUCCAGGACGUGCACCUGCUUAGAGAGUCCGCCGUUCGACCUAGCAUCCCACCUGAGCAUCGCGCACCCAGCCAUGACAGCACACUCCUUUGCCCUCCCAGUUAUCAUCUUUACCACGUUCUGGGGCCUCAUCGGCAUCGCUGGGCCAUGGUUCGUGCCCAAAGGACCCAAUCGCGGGGUGAUCAUCACCAUGCUGGUGGCCACUGCUGUCUGCUGUUACCUCUUCUGGCUCAUCGCCAUCCUGGCUCAGCUGAACCCCCUCUUUGGUCCACAAAUGAAGAAUGAGACCAUCUGGUAUGUGCGCUUCCUGUGGGAGUGACCACUGAGAGUCAUCAGCUGGCUUCUGGCCCCAGGUACCCUGCUGUGGAUGGCCCAGCCUUGACGUCCCUGGAGACCCUGCAUUCCCACUGGCCCCACCCAUCAGUCAACCCUCCUGUGUUCUCCAUGCCAGCGCUGUGGGAUCCACCCCCUCAGAGCCAUCCUGGUUUCAGCUUCCCAGCCAUUAGGGGGACUCCAUGUGGGAAAGCCCUGUGCUCUGUCUGGCCACAGCUGGAGCCAACCUGUGCUUAAAUCCCCUUUAAGGCAGUUUUCUCUCUCUUCCAAGUAGAUCCUGGGUAAGGGUCUGAACUUGCUGGGGCGGGGGGGGGGAUCUGUUUUCAUCCUGAGAGCAGAUGCCAGGACUCAACCCAGUCCCAGAAAGGACAUGGGCCUUUGUGGAGAAGGGACAUAUGGCCCAGGAUACUCCAAGCUUUUCAGCUCUGCCUCCACCUUGUGAAAUAUUGGGUCAGGGUCACAGGCCUUCUCCAGCUUGGUGUGGAUUAUUUUUUAAGUUUCAAACACUUGUAGAUGUGACAACACUUGAGAUGUUGAUGUCCUAAAGAAACAGUCACACCAAAAACACCCCCCGCACUGUACUUUGGGUCAAGAUAGAAACUUUCAUGUUUUAGUCUUCUGUAGCAGUGAAGUCACUCAGCACGAGAGGGAGGUAGUGUGUCUUUGGAAUGUUCUAGUCACGUUGCUCCCCCUCUGUAGAUAAGCUCACCCACUCCCUAGAACCUGUUUGUUGGGGUGCAGCCACUCCUGCCAGGAGGCUACACUCUUCGUUGUGUGGUGGGAUGGAUCCCACAGCUGGCCCCAACAGCACUGAAGAGAUCUGGAGUUGGGGCUGGGGACAGACAAAGGUAAUGAUUAUGAGGUACUCCUGGCACUAUGCCUCCCUGGCCUCUGAGACCCUUUGUCCUCAAGCUCAUGUGGCCCUGUGCCAGGCACAGUGGAAGACAGAGAAUGCAGACCACAGGGGGGAUCAGCCUAGGGGACCCCUCCAGCCCAUGCCCUCCCUCUUCUGAGAGGGUGAGUAUGGACUUCACACUCCUGUCUGAGUUGCCAGAGCCAGCUAGGACAGAGCCCUGCACAACCCCUGGUUCCCAGCCAGUGGCUGAGUUCCCAGGGGAAGACAAACCGGCCUUGAUUAUUUAUUGACUAUUUAUUUGGUCUGGUCUUCCUCCCCUUUCCGGGGUCAUUUGGGGAGUGGCGGGGGAAUACAUUGCAGCUCAGAUUGCUGAGCCCUGGGGCUGCUGGUUGCUGAGAGCUUAGAUGGGGGCCUCCAUGGGUAGCCUCUCCCUCCCUGCCCUAACCCCUGAAGCCUGCCUGUGGGAUGGGGCCUGGUGAGCAUGACCUGUGUUGAAAAGCUGAUUCCUGUCUAAUAAAUACUAGUGAUGCAA